AUGUAUACCGCCGCCGCUCUCCUUCUCCUGCCGGCAUUGGCCGUUGCCAGCCCCUUGAACGCAGACUUCGUUCCUCUUGAGCGUCGUCAGGCACCACCAGCAGACCAGAUCACCAUCACAUCUGCAUCCUCAUCUGGAAGUGGCUGCCCUCAAGGAUCAGUCAGCACUUCAUUGUCUGACGACAAGACCUUCAUUACCUUCGGUUUCGAUGCCUUCCAGAGCUAUAUCGGGCCCCAAGCAGCCCAGGCAGACAAGACCAAGAACUGCCAGAUCCAUUUGGACCUGAAGUACCCCGGUGGGUUCCAGUACGCUGUCGUUGACGCCACCUAUCAUGGCUAUGCUCGCCUUGACCCUGGUGUCACUGGAAACUUCCUCUCCACAUACUACUUCUCUCAAUCCGCCUCUAAGACUUGCACAACCAAGUCCAGCAUCACGGGCCCACAAUGGCUCACCGGUGAUGUCUACACCAAGCACGAUGAAGUUGAGACUACUGCUACCAUCUGGUCUCCUUGCGGCGACGGCGGCCUCUUGAACAUCAACAACCGCAUUGCCCUUAUUACUACCAACCCCAAGGCAAGCGGUGAGCUGUCGAACGAUGAUGCUACCAUCGCGUUCACCCACCAGGCCCAUGUCGCAUGGCAAAAGUGCACCCCAGGUGGUGCCACUGGAGGCGGAACCUUCACCCCAGGCGGUGGAUCUACCACUGUUACUCCUCGUGAGGCCAAGGCUGAGCCCCAAGCCCCAACCUUCUCCAUUGUCCCAGGCGGAACCACAGUCGUCGGCGGAGGUAACACUGGCGGACCCGGUGAUAGCUGGACCAUCGGCCCAGGAACCACCACUGUCACUAUUGGAAAGUAA